ACUUGACUCGUGUGUUUUAGAUAGAAAUGGGUCGAUCCGGCGCCGGGCGGAAUAGUGCGCGUGUGAGUUCGUACGGGCGCUCGUAACGCGGGGACUGUGAGUGAUUAUGUCAGUAUCGUGCGCCCGCGCCGGCCACUGAGCCGCCAUGAACGCGCGCAGCAUCGCCUUCGAGCUGGCGAUGGAGGGCCGCCAGGUGGACGAGGUCGUCGCCGGCAUCUUCCACACCGUCCUCUUCCACCGCUCCAGCGGGAAAUUCACUUACAACAACGAGGAGAGCUACUCCAUCCGCACCGUCAGCUACGUGGACGUCGACUGCGACUUCAUAGACUUCACAUACGUCUGCUGCGAGUCUGAGCUCCUCGGGAGGAAUGUGAAGCGCGAGAUAUCGGAGUUCUCAGCUUUGCUGCGAGGUGUGGACGGCACGUCGGCGCCCCCCCGCGGCUCCAUCAGCCUCGAGUUCUUCCAGAAGCGCCGCGCCCGCUGGCCCUUCCAGCCCGAGUGCGUCCCGUGGGAAGUGUGGACCGUGUACUGUGAGCUCACGGAGUCCAGGAACGACCACGAUAUGCACAGCAAACACGAGAGCGUUGUCGAAAUGCUGCAGGACAAGAUUGUGUUCAUUACGGAGAUAAUAAACAGACACGAGUACGUGCCAAAGAUGCCGAGCCGCUCGGACGCCGAUCUCAUAUUCGACACUACGUACACCGACAUCCAGCCGUAUUUGUUCAAGAUACACUAUAGUCUGUCCGGAGCCCCCCCCACCUCCGUCGGGAAUACGGUCCGGAAGCUGAUCCGUGAUACUCUGUCCUUGUGAUGCUAUUAUCGUUUGAUUACCACUUUUAUUUAACACUUGAGAAUGUGAAUUUGUAUGUUUUUGUCGGCGAUAAUAACUCUUGUUCUGAUAUACCAAAUUAUUAAACACUCUCUGUGUAUUCAUGAAAAUAAUUAGUAACCUGCUUAGUCAUCCAUCGAGCAAUAUUCCUUAUGUGCAAUAAGGCAUCCAUUAAGCUCUUAAUUUUGAUAUACACAGCAAGUUUUCAAUAUUAUUUACUUUUUUUAUUUACAAUGAUUUUAAUUUAUGACAGUUGUAAAUAAUUCUUAUAUAUUAAUUGUUUGUUGUGAUUAAUUAUAUGUGUUAUUUUACAAUUUGAUGAAUUAAUAUAAUAUUAUUCAAAAUUUUUUAGUUGCUUUUGUACUUACGAAUGCUUUGUUUGUGCACAAAAUUUCGUGUGUAAAAGUGUUUCCAGUAUCACGCCAGCUAAUUAUGACUGUAUGUUAGUUUUGUGCGUCAUGUCUCUUCUACACGUAAGCCAAUACAUCAGACUGAACUACAUCAGGCUUUAGAUUUUGGUUCAGAAUCACACAGAUAUAGUUAGGUCCAAAGUAAGUUCGAGACUUCUUGUAUUAUGGGAUACUAACUCAACGAUACUAUAUUUAUAACAUACCUAUAUAGAUAAAAAUCCAAGACCUAGGAAUCUGAAAAAAGAAUCCAUCUUGACCUGACGGGGUCGAACCUGCGACAUCAAUUGUAUAGCAGUCCGGCAUGAUGACCAUUAUUCUACAUAGGUCGAGGUGUAUGUCAGGUUACAUAUGUAUAUGUAUGUAUAAAUAUAAAAUCUUCUAUUCUAAAUCUUGCGCUUUACGCUUGUCUAUUGGAUUUUUAUGUAGUGAAGUUUUUAAUAAUUUAUUUCAUUAGUCUAAAAAAAAUCUUAUAAACGAAUAGCGAACUUAAUACUGAAAGUAUUUGGCUCACGUCUAGAAGAGGCAUAAUUUCAAUGUAUGCAUGAUUAACAGUUUCGCCUGUUGUAACUUUAAUAGUUCUAGUUUAGUUGUAAUGUUUUCUGAGCUACGACUCGCAAGGCUGGUUGAUGUGUCCACUCAUUCAUAUGUUUUAUUAAGAUUAUUCGUGUUUCUCUAUUUAAGUUAACAUGUAAUCUUAAAUUAAGAUAUUAAUGCACACUGUAAAGAUAUUUUCUAGAAUUAAAGUUACCUAGCAUGUCAGACUUCCGUGAUUGCAAUUCGGUUUAACGUCUGGCUUUUGUAAGUUGUCACCGACUAAUAAUAUUUUUUUUAAUGGCGAUCGGUGGCGCUAAUUAUUAUUAAUACUAUAGUUUUAAUUACUUUAGGAUUUUGGAACAAUUUCUAUUUGAAGGAAUAUGAACGGUUGAUGCUCGGUGUAAAAUAUUAUAGUCAUGUGACUAAUGUGUGUUUUUAUAUUUAAAAUUAAUGAUUGCUUUGUGAUAAUUGCCGGAAAAGUGUAAAAAAUAUUUUGAUUCAUGAAUUUAAGUGUAGGUAUAAUGAUGAUAUGGAGCCAUCGACGAUAUGUCUAGAUUUUGAACGAGUUAGUGUUAGGAAAUUUGUAUAAUAACAAUGUACAGUACGGUUAUAGAUUUUCUCAUUUUUAAUUCUUCGAAUAACGCAUUAUCGGAUAACUUGAGAGCUUUAUCGAAGUACGCUAAAUUGUAAUCAAUUUUUAACAUUAAUGUCGCUCUCAGUGUUGCCACAUUUUUCUAUAAAACACAGGGUAAUGAAGUGUCAUUAAUAUUUAAAAUAUCUACAGCAAUUGAGCGUAAUUCAGCUAUGUAUAAGCGGUGAGGCCGCGUAAUAUGUAAUAAUUGUUAGUUUAGCGAUGGUGCAUGAAAAGUCUCAUAGAGUAAGAGGAUGCUAGAUUAAGAAGCCAGAUUUUAUUGUAUAGUCCUUUCGAUUUAAUUAUAUUACGAGACUAAAAUACUGGUAUUGAUACAUUUGGUGUUUCGUCGCAGAUGAUGUCUGACAACCAAACACUUCUCACUUGGAAUAGGACGUGUACAUUUCGUCGUAUAUUAUUUUUUAUGCAUGAAAAAAAUAAUUAGUAGUUUCAAAUAUGUAUUCCAUUUUUACGUGAAAAUUUUGUUUUUUUUUUUCUACGCUAAUGUGAUAUUUGUUGGAGAACAUUAAUUAAUAUUGUCUUUGAAGGACUUCAUAUUCAUUUGCGUAGACCUUUGGCUAAACAUAUUUCUUUAAACUUUAAAUUUUUUAAAAAGUGAUUAGUCCUCGAAAUUUCGGAUGCCCUGAUUGUAUGUAUUGUAAGGUGAAAAAUAACCUCAGAGACAUUACAUUUUAAGUUGACGCGAUAAGAACAGAUUAAAAAUGUACUUACGUGUUUGGAAUUUCGAAAACUUUUAAAACUUUCGACUCUUAAGUCUGUAUAUAAUUGAAACGCUUUUAGGUUUAUUUUUAGGACAUUGUAAUAAGUCCAUCCAUCUUAUACUACUGAUUUAACCCCUACCUCAGUUGUCUCUAGCUUAAGUAUGUCAUCUCGACCGGAGGAUAGUUUCUUAUGCACUCGUACCUUGCAGCGUGUUGAAUCAAAAAUAAUAUGAAUUAAUUGACUAAUGUUCCUUUUUGAUUCCUCAUGCGUUGUCAGAAAUGUUGGCGACCAAAGAUGUGGCUGUUUUCGGUCUUGUAGAUUUUAUCAAGCGGCAUUUUACUAUACUAUUUAUAUUGUGUCGUCUCUCUCACAUCAUGGCGUCGGACGCUAUUGUGAGUGCAACGGCAAUAUUAACUUUUGAUGUUACUGCAGUGAUUUAAUUAAAAUAUUGACGUUCAAAGGCAAAACAAAAAUGUCCACCACAUUAAUUGAAAUGGUAGUAAAAUGUCGCAUGAAUUAAUCGUUUUAUACUCUUAAAACAAUAUAUUGUUCAAUUCAUUUAAUAUUGUUUAUUUACAUUUGCACGCUUCAUAUCAGCGAGUAUCUUAUCGUAUAUUUUUUCAAAAGUCUAAAAAAUCUGGUGAUAAGACAAUAUAUUUUUAUUCUAUUCUAAAAUACCUUGAUUGUGUGCCUCUUUUUUCAUUGUAGUUCGAGCACAAUGUAUAUAUAUAUAUAUAUAUAUAUAUAUAUAUCUAUCUACACAUACAUUAAUGUAUCCGGAGCUAAGUAUUACACGUGUGGUUUUAAAAGGAGUUUUAUUAAAUCGUUUAUUUAGUAUUCAUACAGCGAACUUGAAUUUGACGAUUUUCCCUUUAGCCAAUCACAAGGAAUCUAUGAUAACCCUGAUUGGUUACAGAAUUGUCAAAGCGAAUAGUCAGUUUGGGGCUGUUGAGUACUUCUCUCUCUCUCUCUCUUUUUCAUUUGUCAUAUUGAUAUGUGUAAUACGUAGUGCCGUACAUACUAUACUUGCUAUGGCCUUAUUUUGACAGAUGAUUUUUAAAAAGAUGAUUAAUGUCGUGCGUGAAUGAUAACGGCUGUUAUAUUAGAGUUUAUGGUAAAUGAAAAUGUAUAUGUUGUGAUGUAUAAGUUCAAAAAUACAAAAAACUUUAGUCUUGUGAUAACUUAUAUGAUUAAAAUGUGAAUAAAUAAUGAAGUAUUA